UGGAGGCCUUUUAUCUCGGCAGGAAGGAAAGCGGAGCGCCGGGGGCGACACCGGUGCGAUAGGGCUGUCAUGGCGACUAAUAUCGAGCAGAUCUUUCGGUCCUUUGUGGUUAGCAAAUUUCGGGAGAUACAGGAAGAGCAGCAGCAGCAGCAGCAGGGCGGUGGAAAGGUAGAAGGCCAACCCAAUGGUGACACAAUCCCAGGUGAGCAAGCCAACCCUUCAGAUGACACUGUUGCUGGUGCUGGGAGUCGUCAGAGUGAUCAGAUAGUGCAGAAAAUAGAGGAAGUGCUCUCUGGAGCCCUUGAUACAGAACUGCAGUGCAAAUCAGAUGUAGAGAAAAAUACUGUGAAAAAUAGUGCUCAGUGUACAAAAAGAAGCUCUACUGCUGAAGAUGAAAUUCCUAAGAAAAAAUCAAAGAAGAACAAGAAACAUAAAAGCAAGAAGAAGAAGAAAAAGAAGAAGAAAAGGAAGAAAGAGAAAAAGCAUAAAAAGCAGCCAAAGGAGUCAAAGUUGAGUACACGUCAUGGAGACCAGGCAGACUUGCAGCCUGCAUCUCAGUUGAUGCCAGAGAAAUCAAGCUCCCAGCUGACUGUACAGCAUGGAGGAUUUGGGGAUGCAAAUCUGUCUGUCCACUUGCAGCCAGAAGAACUGUGCUUAAAAGCAAGUGAAGAGCUUGAUAGACAAGCUUUAGGACUUGUUUCUCAUUCAAGAACUGAUUCUCAGCAAUCUCUGGAAAACCUUGGAAAUGAGAAGGGGACUUUGUGUGCAACAAAUCCUCCAUUUAGAUUAGAAAACAGUCAACCUGAUACGCAAGAAAAUGCUAGUAUAACUGUUUGCACUGGAGAGGAACAAAUUAAACAAACUCAUGAAAAUGUUUAUCCUGUCGCUCUUAAUGCAAGUGAAAAGAGUGUUCUUGUUACUGGAAAUGAUAUUUCGUUUAGCAUCUUGUCUGGUGUUGCCAAUAAAUCUGAAAUGCAGAAAGAUUCAGCAGGAACUCUAGCUUCAGAGGUAACAGAGGCACUAAAAGGUUCAGAAGUUACUCUGAAAUGUGAAGACACUGGGGAAGUAAAAGCUUUGUAUACAACUCUCCAGCCUGAGACCAUGGAGGUAUUGAAAUACUCUGAACCAUCUAAACAAUCUGUGGCACAAUGGGGAGCAAAAGAGUUAGAAGCAACUUCAGACGCUGCAUCUUUGGCAAGUGAUGUGACAACAAUUCCUAAAUCUGCAAAUCAGGCAGAUCUGAAUACUGUGACGGUAGUUCACAUGGAUACGGCCAUGGAAGAAGUGAAAAUUCCAGAAGCAACUGAAAAAUCUCUGCCUAUGGGGAGUGUGAGAGUUUUGGAAGAAGCUCUGCAGCCAAUUGCUGUAGUAAAACCCCAAAUUUUGGAAAAAAUCAUUGAACCUCUGGAUGUUGCAGCAGAAGAUGUCAGAGCAGCUCGAGAAGGUCUGCAAGUUGAAGCAGUCAGAGAUGUGGAAUGUACCACUGAUCCUGCAACAGUGCUCAAUGCUUCAGGAGUGUUGCUACAACCUAAAGUCUUGAUAGAUAGAAGAAGUGUGGAUGGACCUCGGGAAUCUGCGUUUCCAGCAGAAUUGACAGAUGUGAAUGUGGCUACAGGGGCAGAAGGUUUAAGAGCAACUUUAGAGCCUGGAGCAGUUGUGCAGACUUUCAUUCCCCAAACAACUCCAGAAAUCCAGAUGGCAGAAGGUUUUAAAGGUCCACAAGCAACCAUGGAAGUUGCACCACUAGCAGGAGUAAGAGGUCAAGAAAUAAGUCAAACUACUCUGCAACUGGAAAAUACCAACACUUCACAAAUUUCAAAUGUGAGAGGUUUGAAAGCAACUGCCCUGUCUUUGCAGAAAGAAGGUGUGAGAGAAGAUAUGGCAGGAGUAGAAACAGACUCAGAUGCCAGUAUUGUAGCUAUGAAAGUAGGGUCUGUGAGAGCAGUGAAAAGCUUGGAAACAGCUCUAGGACCUGUAGCUGAGACAGAAAAGAAAGAUUCAGAAGCAGGCUGGGACAGAGCGGGGAUAGAGACAAAGGCAUCUUCAUCAUACCUACACAUGAAAGAUGUGAGAGAUUCAGGUGAUACAGUAUCUGUAGAUAUGGCAAAGGCACAAGCUUUGGAAGAAAUCUUGCAGCCUGGAACCCUGGCCAUGGCGAGUGGCUUAGGAGAAAAUGUGUGUUCUGAAGCCAAAAUUGGUAGCAAAGUCUUGGAAGCAAGUCCAGGACUUUUUGCCUUAGAAGAAAAGUCAGAAAGGACACCUGAAUCUGUGGUUCUAGGUAUCAGCAUGGAACCAACAGCAGGAAUGAUGCAUUUUAAAACCACAGCAGAGAGAGAACCAAUCCAUGCAGAAACAGGUGCAGAAUCUCUUGGUGCAAGCAAAACAGAGAGUGUCAUCAUUUCGCAGCCUCAGGUUAUGAUGCAUGCAAGAACCUUGCAAACUGAGUUGUUGCGGGAGAUAAAAGACUCUGAACUAGCUACCAGUUCUGCCACUGUAGAAGUGAGAAGUUUAGAAAACUUGUCAGAAGUCCAGGCCAUUGCAGAGGUAAGAGAUGUGGAAGCAAGAUCAGAAACUUCACGCUUAACACAGAUAGUUGUGGAGUCUGAAAAAAAGACUCUAACACAAGGCUUGGAAAGGAGAUUAGUGUCUGAAGCAAUACUAGAACCUGUGCAAACCUUAAAAGCAAGUUCAGGAUCUGUACAGGAACAAAUAGGAGGUUGUUCAGAAACAGAGUCUUUCCCCAGAGUAGAAGAAAUAACUGUGGCACCAGAAACAGUAGCAGAAGUGACAAACUUGAAAGCUGAUGAGGGAACUCAGGGACCUACUGUAGAAUAUAUAAUUGCAUCAAAGAGGACAAGUUCACAGAAAAAUGAGUCGUUUCUUAACAAUGCAAAAGAUUUGGAAGAAGCUUCAGAAACUGAGAAAGGAAUAACAACAGAAUAUUUGGACCCAGUAUCAAAAGCUAGAGAAAUUAGCUUGAUGGAAAGUAUGCAAGAAACUGCAACAGUAGAGGUGAAAGAUUUUGAAACUGUGCAAGAGCCUGAGAUACACAUGGAUAUCCAAAGCUUGGAAACUUUGCAACGGUCUGGAAAUACGGAGGUGAUAAACGUUGUAGGGGAUGCUUCAGAAGCUGUUCCAGAAUCUUUGCACAGUAAAAAGCAAGAAUAUCUGCAAGCUUUUCUAGAAGCAAAACCUGCUGCAGAAUGGAAGAGUACAGAAGAGGCUCCAGAAAUUUUGAGUGCUGCUGAGGUGAGAUCUUCUGAAACAGUUUCAAAACCAGAUUUGGAAGCAACACUGGAGCAUGAAGUGGCAGCAGAAGCACAAUAUGCAGAAGAGAUGCUGGAUCAACAAAUGGAAGAUGUGAGAGUUCGAAGUCAGUCUCAGGAAUGCAAGAUAAUAGUUGACAAGGAAGAUGCAGAGCAAACUCAGGCAUCUGAGCCUUUAAUAGAAGAAACAGACUUUAGUGUUUCACAUGCAGUAGAUGAAAAAGAUUCAGCAGGGACUUCUGAAUCUGAAAUAAUCAGAGACACAAACCAUCUGGAAGCAACUCCAGCUCAUGUGGUAGAAACAAAAGGUUUAGAAACGGCUCCUCUUUCUGAGACUGCUGUAGAGCUCAAAGAUGCAGAAGAAGCUGUAGGACUUGAGACAGAGACAACUGAUGCAGAACCAGCUCUAGUAACUGAGACUGUUACAGAAGCAGUUCCCGUACUUGAGGCAGAAGCAAGCCAGUUGGAAGUUAUUCCACAGGCUGAGGCUGUCAAAGAGGCAACUCCAGAACAGGAGUCAGAGAAAAGAGAUUCAGAAACAUCUGAUGUGCAGCCUGAUGUGGCAGCGCGAAUGAAAGAGACUCUAAUGAGACUUGAGAAAGUUAUUGAAAAAAGUAGCCAUAGAAGCAGUGAUAAAAAACAUGAUGCAAAGAAACAAAAAAGGAGCCGCUCCAAGUCUCAGUCCAGGUCUAGGAAGCGGAAGAAAAAAUCAAGGUCACGUUCUACUUCCAGACGUUUGGCCUCUAAAAGAGCACGUUCUAGGAGUAGAAACUACUCAGUUUCCAGGAAAAAGCAUUCCAAAUCUAGAUCCCCAUCUGUUGAGAAGAGUGAGAGAAGAGUGUCUUCCCGGAGGUCCAGGCGCAGACGUUCUGUGUCAUCUGACCGUUACAGGUCUAAAUCCAGAUCAGCGGAAAAAAGAGGAAGCAGAUUGUCCUCUGGGAGGUCCAGACACAGACGUUCUAGGUCAUCUGACCACUACAGAUCUAAAUCCAGGUCAGUGGAAAAGCGACUGUCCUCUCGAAGGUCCAGGCGUAGACGUUCCAGGUCUUCUGACCGCUACAGAUCUAAAUCCAGGUCAGUGGAAAAGAGACUGUCCUCUCGAAGGUCUGGGCGCAGACGUUCCAGGUCUUCUGACCGUUACAGGUCUAAGUCCAGGUCGGUGGAAAAGAGACUGUCCCCUCACAGGUCUGGGCGCAGACGUUCCAGGUCUUCUGACCGUUACAGAUCUAAAUCCAGGUCAGCGGAAAAGCGACUGUCCUCCCGAAGGUCUGGGCGCAGACGUUCCAGGUCUUCUGACCGCUACAGAUCUAAGUCCAGGUCAGUGGAAAAACGACUGUCCUCUCGAAGGUCUGGGCGCAGACGUUCCAGGUCUUCUGACCGCUACAGGUCUAAAUCUCGGUCAGUGGAAAAGAGGGGAAGCAGAUUGUCAUCUUGGAGAUCACGCCGCAGACGCUCCAGGUCCUCUGACCGUUCUAAAUCUAGAUCUAGGUCCUCAGAAAAGAGAGGAGGCAAAGAAUACUCAUGGAGGUUCAGACAUAGAGGAUCUGGUUCUUCUGAUCGUUCAAAGUCUAGGUCAAGAUCUGUUGAGAAGAGAGGUCGGAAGGCAUCUCUACGGAGGUCUAAACGUCAGCGCUCGAAGUCCUCUGACGGUUACAAGUCUAGGUCCAGAUCAGUAGAAAAAAGAGAUCGAAAGCAGUCAUCGCGGAAGUCUAAACGUCAGCGCUCAAAGUCCUCUGAUGGUUACAAGUCUAGAUCCAAAUCAGUGGAAAAGAAAAAGGAGUCCUCACGAAAAUCUAAGCGUCGACGCUCAAAAUCUUCUGAACAUUACAAGUCAAGGUCCAGGUCUGUUGAAAAAAAGCGUAAAGAAUCUUCAAAAAAAUCCAAACGGAAACGUUCAAAGUCCUCUGAUAGUGUUAAAUCAAGGUCCAAAUCUACAGAAAAAAGAGAGAGUAAGUUAUCCUCAGAAAAGGGCAGUGGCAAGCAUGUGAAGUCAUCUGAACUUCAGGAAUCAAGCAAAUGUCUUGAAAAAGUAGAAGUUUCUGAAUCUUCUCUUGUAAGUGAAGGCAGCUCUUCCAAAUCCUCUAAUGGUCCCACGUCAGUGUCUCUGUCUGAUGAUAGAAUAAAUGGCCCAGAGCUGCCACCAGCAUCUGAAAGGGAAUUUUCUAAAACUUGUGAUAAUCUUGAAGAAAUGCCAAGUCUGCAGCCUUCUGUGAUACCUGAAUUUGAUAGCUCCAAACCUCCAGAUGACCAGGAAUCCACACCUGCAGAAAAAACACAGGUUUCAGAGCUUUCUAUGACAUCUGAAAAUGGAUCAGCUGAAAAAGCAGGGGCUCCAGAGUCUCCAUCACUACCUGAACUUACAUACUCCAUAUCCAAGUCAAGAUCCUCAUCUGUUGAAAAAGGAGAUCCAGAAACUUCAUUAAUAACAGAACUUCAGUUCACCACAUCCCAUGAAGAUGAGUCAAGAUCUGCCUCUCUCAAAGAAGUAGAGGGUCCAGAGCCUCUUCCCACACUUGAAAGUGGAUGCUCUGUAUCUUCUGAUGAUUACAAGACAGUCUCCGCUGGAAAAAUAGGGUCCUCUGUCGUAUCUGAAAGCAUACCAUCUGACUUGUCUGAUGGUCAUGAAUUGAGACAUACCCCUGCUGAAACAGCAGCGCUUCAGAAGUUUUUUCAAGUACCUGAAAGUGAGUCUUCCAAGUUGGCUGACAGCCCUGAAUCUUUUGGAACAGCAGAGAUUCAAAAACAUUCUCUGGCACCUGAAGUUACAUGCUCCGUGUUCCCUGAUGUCUGUCAGUCAGCCUCCUUGCCUAUUGAAACAGGCCGUAUGGAGGAGCCAUCUUUGUCUUCUGACAGGGGAUGCUUCAGGUCUCCUGAUGGACAUGUAUUAGGAUCCAGCUUUGCUGCAGAAACAGAGGAGCUUCCAUUGCUCUCUGAAGAUGGGUCAUUCAAAUCACCUGAUGGAAAUGAACAAAGAUCUUUAUCUAUUGAAAAAGUCAAGGCCUCAGAUGCUUCUGUGACACAUGGGUGUGAUCCUGUUGAGAUCUCAGAUGACUUCAUUUCACCAUCGUCAUCUGAAAAAAUGCAGGAAGUUGUACUGACAACUGCAGAACAAAGCUGCAAGUCUUGUGAAGUUCAUGAAUCCAGCUCAUGUGUUGACAAAGAUACAGACGGUCCAAAACUUUCACAAGUACUUGAAACUGACUGCUCUGAAUCUUCUGAAAUGCGUGAAUCAAGAUACCUGCCUGCUGGAAAAAUGGAAGGUACAGGAUCUGUCUUGAUGUCUAUGAGUGGAAUUCCUGUGUGCCGUGAUAGCCAUAAUUCACAUAAUUACUUUGAGAAAACAGAAAGUGCAGAACUGUCUGCUCAUGGAUGUUCUGCCUUCCCUGAAGGCUAUAAACUGGCAUACACCACAGCUGAAAAACUAGAGAUACAGAAGCCUUUUCUCACAGGGGAAAGUGAGUUCCCUAAGUCUGCUGAUACUCGUGAUUCAGUAAGUACACCUGCUGAAAAAUUUCAGGCCCCAUUGACUUCUCUGACAUCUGAUGGUGGGCUUUUCCUGUUGCCCCGCAGUGAAGAAUGUAGACAUAUCCCUGAAGCAGAAGCAGAGGUGCAAGAGACAUCUGAACUGAAAUGUAUUGCAUCCCAAGAUGGCCACAAGUUGAGAUCUGCCUAUGAUGAAGAAACACAAGUGCAGGAACCACUUGCAUUAGUGGAAAGCAGAUGUUCUGUUGCCUCUGAUGGUCGUGAGUUGACAUCUACCGCUUUUGAAAAAGUUGAUGCAGAGGAGCCUUCUCAAAUGUCUGAAAAUGAAUACAGAAUAGUGCUUGAUGGCCCAGAGUUGACAUCAGUCCCUGCUGAAAAAAGAGAAAUGCGGGAACUUUAUCAAAUGUCUGAAGAAAGAUGUUCAACGCCUAUUGAGAGCCAGGAGUUGCAGUCACCUGCUAUUGAAAAGAUAGAAAUGCAAGAGGGUGCUCUAACAUCUGAAAAUGAGCAUGCUGUAUCUUGGGAGGCCCAUGAUUUGAGAUCUGGCUCUCCUGAAAAGCCAGUGAUGCGGGAGGCUUCUGUAGUACCUGACAAUGAAUAUGCUGUGGCUUCUGAAGAUCAUGAACUGCUGUCUUCCAUUGCUGAAAAAACAGAGGUACAGGAGCGUUCUCUGCAGUCUGAAAAUGAGUAUGAAGGCCAGGAAAUGACAGGUGGACUUGCUGAAAAAGAGGUGCAACAGCCUUCUCUGAUACCUGACAGUGCAUAUACCAUCUUUCCUGAUGACCAAAGAUUACAGUGUACCUUUCUUGAAAACACAGUGGUGCAGCAGCCUUCACUAGUAUCAGAUAGUCAGUAUGCUGCAUCCUCUGAAGAGCAGGAGUUAGGCUCUGCUGUUACAGAAAAAACAGAGGUGCAGGAGUGUUCUUUAUUGUCUGAAAAUGAAUAUGAUGUGUCCCCUGAAGGCCAUGAUUUGAGAUCCAGUCCUGUUGAAAAAGGAGAAAUGGAAGAACCUUCAGAAACAUCUGAAAGUGAAAGUUCAAUGUCCACUGAUAGUCACGAGUUGCAGUCUGCUGUUGUUGGAAGAACAGAGGUUCAGGAGUUAUCUUUAAUGUCUGAAGGUGAGUGUGCCAUGUCACCUGAAAGUCAGGAGCUGCAGUCUAGCCCUGCUGAAAAUGUAGAGGCUAAGGAACUGUGUCUGACAUCUGAAAAUGAACAUGCUCUGUCCCAUGAAGAAUAUGAAUCAAAAUUGAGUCAUGCUGAGAAAACUGAGGACAUGGAUUCUUUGACAUGUGAAAAUGAUCAGGAAGUAAGAUAUACUGCUGUUCAAAAUGUAGAUGUGCAAGAGCUUUCCCCAGUACCUGAAAAUGAACAUACAGCAUCCCCUGAUGGCCAGGAGUUGAGAUUCCCUGCUGCUGGAAAAGUAGGUGGUCUAGAAUCUUUGACUCUAAAUGAAAGAGCUUCCAUGUACCAUGAUGAUUUGAAACCCAUCCGUCUUGAAAAAACAGAUGAUGCAAUGCCUCCUUUAGUGCCCGAAAGUGGAUGCUCCAUGUCUCCUGAUGGUUACAGUGUGAAAUCUGGCCCUGGUGAAGAAACAGGGGAUCUAGAGCCCUCUCUGAUGUCUGAACGUAGACAUUCCACAUCCUCGUAUCGGGAAGAUCAUGAGCUGAAAUCUCCUAUGGAGGAAGAGGGUCUGGAGUCCUUGAAUUCUGAUCAUAGACGAUCUGUGUCCCCUGAGGCCCAUGACCAGAAAUCUACUGUAGAUGAAGAAAUAGAUGAUCUGGAGCCCGCUUUGACAUCUGAGCAUAGGCGCUCCACGUCCCCUGAUGAGCAUGAGUCAAGAUCUAGCAUUGAAGAAGCAGAGUAUCUGGAGCAGUCUUUGACAACAGAACGUAGAUGCUCCGUGUCUUCUGAUGAGCAUGAGUCAAGGUCUACCACUGGGGAAGAGUUAGAGGAUGCAGAACGCUCCUUGACAGCUGAACGAAGAGACUCCAUAUCGUCUGAUGAGCAUGAAUCGAGGUCUACCACUGGUGAAGAUGCAGAAGAUGGGGAACCCUCUUUGACAGCUGAACGUAGACACUCCACAUCCUCUGAUGAUCGUGAGUCAAGGUCAAGUGGUGAAGAAGUAGAGGAUUUGGAACCUGUGACAGCUGAUCAUAGAUGCUCUAUGUCUCCUGAUGGACACGAGUCAAGGUCAACCACUGGUGAAGAAGCAGAGGACCAGGAACUCUCUUUGACAGCUGAACGUAGACACUCCACAUCGUCAGAUGAACGUGAGUCAAGGUCUACCAUUGGUGAAGAUGUGGAGGAUAUGGAACCCUCCUUGACAGCUGAACGAAGAGAUUCCACAUCAUCAGAUGAACAUGAGUCACAAUCUACCACUGGUGAAGAAGCAGAGGAUAUGGAACCCCCUCUGACAACUGAACAUCAACGUUCCACAUCCCCUGAUGGUCGUGAAUCAAGGUCUACCACUGGUGAAGAAGAUGAUGUGGAAGCCUCCUUAGCAGCUGAACGAAGAGACUCCACGUCAUCAGAUGAGCAUGAGUCAAGGUCUACCACUGGUGAAGAAGGUGAGGAUAUGGAGCCCUCUUUGGCAGAUGAAGAUAAACAUGAUUCCAUGCCUCUUGAGAGGCCGGAGGAACAGGACUCUUCCUUUAUACCCGAAAGCAGGCAUUCUGAGUCUUCUGAACGUGAAAAAUCUAGAUCCAAGUCUGUUGAUCAAACAUCUGACAAAGAGUCUUCACAAAGAUCUGUAAGCAGACACUCAAAAUCUCCUACUGGCCAAAAAAGUCGAUCCACAUCUGUAGAAAAAGCAGACAGAGAGUCUUCGCGGAGAUCUAGACGUAAACGUUCCAAGUCGUCUGCUCGCCAGAAGAGUAGAUCCACAUCUGUUGAAAAAACAGCAGAUGAGUCUUCACGGAGGUCGAGGCAUAGACGCUCCCGGUCCAUUGCUCACCAGAGGAGUCGAUCAACAUCUGUUGAAAAAGCAGCAGACAAAGAGACUUCGCGGAGGUCUAGACGGAGACGCUCUAGGUCCACUGCUCGCCAAAGGAGUCAGUCCAAAUCUGCUGAAAAAACAGCAGACAAAGAAUCUUCACGUAGGUCUAGAAGCAGACGCUCCAGGUCUUCUCAGCGCAGAUCCCAGAGAUACGAUGCAGAAUCUCACUCUAGACGGAAUCGUUCUAGAUCAGUAACACGGAGAAGAGCAUCAAGAUCAAGAUCUAAUCGUCGCUCUCGGUCUAGCUCAUUGUCCCGUUCAAGGCACAGGAGAAGGAGUAGGUCAAGGUCAGCAUCAAGAAGGCGACGCUCUUUAUCAAGAGACAGGCGUAAGAGAUCCCAGAGAAAUAGAUCAAGAUCUACUGACAGAAGAAGAAGAAGAUCAGAUUCCAGAGAUCGUAGAAUAUCACUCAGAUUACGGAGCAGGAGUCGAACACCUAUUCGUCAAAGGCGAUCAAGGUCAAGAGGAAGAAGACGGAGCUCUAGUAGGUCACCAAUACGACUACGGCGAUCGAGAUCUUCAGGGAGAAGAAGAUACAGCAGAUCACCUGAUCGGCGCAGGUCAAGGUCAUCAGAACGAUUUUCAAGCAGGUCACCUAAACGUCUUACAGACUUGGACAAGGCCCAGCUACUUGAAAUAGCUAAAGCUAAUGCAGCCGCUAUGUGUGCUAAGUCUGGUGUUCCCUUACCGCCAAGCCUGAUGCCUUUGUUAUCUCAAAAGAAGGACGACAAAGCCAGUCAGAAGUCAUCAAGAGAUACAUUGAAGGAGCUCACUGAGAAAUGCAAGAAGAUUGCUCAAAGCACAGACGAUGUGAUAGUGAACAAACCUCAUGUUUCUGAUGAAGAGGAGGAAGAACGUCCUUUCUAUAAUCAUCCUUUUAAGCUCAGUGAACCCAAACCUAUCUUUUUUAAUUUAACUACUCCUAGCAUAAAACCAGCACCACCACCACAACCGAAGAACCAGGUCAGCCUGUCAAAGGAAUUCCCUGUUUCAUCUGGUUCUCAACAUAGGAAAAAAGAAGCGGAUAGUGUGUAUGGAGAAUGGGUUCCAGUUGAAAAAGGCAAAGAAGAUAGCAAGGAUGAUGUUUUCCCCAAACCAUCCAUUGAGGGCGUGGACAUAACUACAGCUAUGAAUGACCGAGCACUGGCUCAGAAAAGGCUCAAUGAAAACACAUUUGAUUUAGAGGCCAUGUGCAUGCUAAAUCGUGCACAGGAACAGAUUGAUGCCUGGGCUCAAUCGAACUCCAUACCCGGCCAGUUCACAGGAAGUACUGGAGCACAGAUACUGUCCUCAGAUGAGCUGACCAACAGUGGUCCCCAAGCAUGGAUUAGAAAGGAUCAGUUCUUAAGAGCAGCCCCUGUAACUGGAGGAAUGGGAGCUCAACUGAUGAGAAAAAUGGGCUGGAGAGAAGGAGAAGGACUUGGAAAAAACAAGGAAGGCAGCGUUGAGCCUAUUAUGGUUGAUUUUAAGACAGAUCGAAAAGGGCUUGUUGCUGUGGGAGAGAAGGCACAAAAGAGAUCUGGACAUUAUGUUGUGAUGAAGGAUCUUUCAGGUAAACACCCAGUUUCUGCAUUGAUGGAGAUCUGUAACAAAAGAAGAUGGUCACCACCUGAAUUUGUGUUAGUGGAUGAUAGUGGGCCUGAUCAUCGCAAACAUUUUAUCUUUAAGGUGAGAGUCAAUGGAAAUGAAUACAGGCCUACUUUUGCCAGCCUUAAUAAGAAGCAUGCUAAAGCCACAGCAGCAACUGCAGCUCUCCAAGCGAUGGGACUUGUACCAAAGGAAAGCAUGGUUAAUACCACCAUGUUUAGGAGUGCCUCACACCGCUAGAUAUUGUUUUUUAUAUUGACAUUAUUUCAGAAAAUUAUACUCUGCACAAAAAAUGGUAUUUGCCCUUUCGUGUUUGUAAAUACAUUGGCAAUUCCCACGUUGUAAAAACUGUACAGACACCUUCAGGUUUUCUUUUGUACCAUCAAAAUGUAUUUAAAUCAUACUUAGUUUUUGGUAUGUUUAUAUUGUUUACAUUAGUGAUGUAAUUAUUUCUUAAAUGACUAAAUCAGACUCUGGAGGCAUCAGUAAUCCAAACAAACCCUUGUUUAAAAACCCAUGCGAUUCCUCUUCAAUACGGAAUGUUAACUCUUUCAUACUGUUUUGUACUAUGCUGCAGUUUUCCCUGGUCUCGGUAAAGCUGCCUGUGGGCUUUUGCCAACAGAUGGUAAAAGGUCACAGGGCUUACUGUAGUCUAGUCGAGGCUGGCGUGUACUGCUGGACAGAUACUGGGCCAGUACUGUGACCCCUGUGAGAAGCACACGGUGGUUGCCCUGUUGUACAGAGUUAACACUCUGGCUUCUCUUUGAGUUUUGUCUGUGGGGUUAACUCGGUGGUGCACUGCAACUGGCCACACAGCCCAUGCUCUAGGACACCUGAGAUUAGGCAAAAGACUCGCUUUCAAAGGGAUGACAGGAAGUCCAGCAAUGGAACCGAUGCGACUUGCAAUGUAAAGGUGACUCUCCCUGCAUGUUCUGAGAAGGGAGAUGAUGGAGUUGUCUAUUCCAAACCAAUUAACACACUGCCUGAUGUUGAUUGUAUGAAUUUGUGGUUAAUGUGAAUUUUGAACUCUAACAAAUCUACAACUGGA